UCGGUGCGCUCAGCGGCAGUUAGCCUUGGCGCGUCGUCGCGACCGUCGGGGAGCAGCUGCAGGAAGUCAGUUUUGGGCUGCCGCGCUCGAGCUAUGGAAGGCCGCGCAGACAGCCAGCACCACGACGACGUCGUGGACGACGUGACGGACAGCGACGAGGACACAGUCACCAUCGGCGAACGGGACGACGAUGAGGACGCCGCCACCGUCGUCAACGAUGACCUGGACGCGCCGAUCGACGAGCAGGCGCCGCCAGGACCGGGCCAGAGAGCAUCCCUCGUGAAAGUGGCGGUGACGGUGAACGGGAAGUCGCAGCUCUUGGCCCUCGACCAGCGCCUUCCCCUGGACGAGGUGUGCCGCGGCCUGUGCAACGACUGCGACAUUCGCUGGAGGGAAGCCCGUUACUCGCUGGCCCUCGUCGCGCGCGCCGGCGGCGGCCAGAAGUACGUCACGGAGCUCAACCGGGGCGAGGUGCUGAAGAACGGCGCCGAGCUCGUCCUCACGUACGCGCCCGGGGUGUUCGCCGACCUCAUCCUGGACAAGCUCAACGGCAAGGCAAACAACCCCGACGAGCGGCCGUGGGCGCUGCAGAGGCUGUCCGAGCUGUGCACCGACCCCAACUUCGUGGCAGCGCUCUUGGAGCGGCCCGGCGUCGUGGACUUGCUUCUCGGCCUCCUCGUCAACGACCGGAAGGGGCAGCGCCUCCGGCACAAGGAGCUGCUCUGGACCCUCAGGGCGCUGCUUAGCCUGGUGCGGCAGGGCGUGCUGAGCGGCGACGAGGCGGACCUGGUCGCGGUGAUGAAGCGCCUCAGCGAGUACAUACGCGCCGAGCAGUCGGUGGAGCCGACCCUCCUGGAGAUGUCGCUGCGGCUGCUGGCCGCCGUCAGCGCGCAGCCCUGGGCCGUGUCCGCGGCGCAGCACCUCAGCGUCCUGGACGUGGUGCCCAUGCUGUGGUACACGGAGAAGCCCGGGGUGCAGACGCACGGCCUCGAGCUGAUGAACGUCCUCGCCGCGAGGGAGGCGCGCCUCGGGCCCGGCAGCCCCGAGGCCAAGAUGCAGGCCACCAAGACUCUCACGUCGCCCCAGGUGUGUGCCACAAUCGUCCAGAACGUACUGUGCUCUCCAGUCCGCUCGAACAUGGCUCGUCAGCUGUACAACCUCCAGAAGCUGGUGCUACAGCCCCUCCAGGAGUCCAUCGACACCCCCGUCGACCCCAGCCUCGUCGCGCCAGACCGGCCACCCGUGCCACCACCCCGUCACACGCGACGGCGGCGGAAGUCUGCUGCGAGCUCGCUGCUGCACAGCCACAGUUGGUGCGAGGGCGACGCCGAGCACGCCGAAAGGGUAGUCCUCCCCGGAGACAGGCGGUCGCUGGACGACGCGCCCUACAAGCUGCUCCCGCCCACCCGGACCGACGGCCUGCUCCGGCCCGCCAGCGCCGACGUCGAGGCCGACGGCAGGUCGUUGUCUCCGGCGAGCAUGACCUACACGCAGGGGAGCGUCAGCAGAGACUCGAUGGGCUCGGUGACGAGCCUGGCCUCCGACGACAGCGCGUGGUGCAGGCCCAGCCACCGAGGCAGCCACUCCACCCUGUGGUCCGAGCUCCCCGAGGACGCGAUGGAGCCCGAGGUGCCGCCGAGCAGGCUGGGGCAGGAGUGCCUCGACUACCUCCGAGACUACCACCCCGGCCUCGCCGUGCGCGCCCUCGAGGAGGAGCAGGCGCUGUACAGCUCGCUCAACAACACGGCCGAGCGGCUCGUGCGGCUGCUGGGCGCGGAGCUGCUCCUUUGCAGGGACCCCGACGGCACCCCCUCCUCCGCCAAGUCCAACCUGUACCAGCCCCUGCUGUUCUCUAGGGACGUGCCCUUCUUCCACGAACUGUUCUGCCGCGGGCUCAACCUCCUGGCCAAGACCCGACGCGAGAUGCGGGCCAAGACGCAGCGCGAUCAGGACAAGGUGUUCCGCGUGGUGCGGCGACAGUUCCGCGAGGCGCUGCGCGCGCAGGUAAGCAGCUGGGACCAGCUCGACAGCUGGCUGAGCGCGCUGCCGUACUCGGCGGUGGCCGCGCUGUGGGAGCGGGAGCGCGUGUCCGGGGUGCUGAGCGCGCCCGGCGUGCUGCAGCUGCGGGAGCGCAGCCGCGCCAAGCUCUACCAGCUCGUGAGGCAGCAGCGCCUGGACACGCUGCGGGCGGGCGCGCGCUUCCGGAGGCCCGGCAAGCUCUCCAGGACCGGGGUCGGCAAGGGCGUCAAGCGCGGCCCCGUCUGGGUCUGGUUGGCUCCCGGGGACGCCGCGCUGCUGUACGCCGACUGCCCCGAGGGGAAGGACGACGGCGACCUGAGCGGGGAGCCGCCGCUAUCGCUGCCCCUGUCCUCCGUCACGGCCGUCCUCACCGGCAAGAAAUGCACGCACAUCCGAACCUCCAGGAGUCAGAAGCAAGGCGUGGACCUGGCGCUGUCGCUCACCCUCGACCCCAACGACAGCGAGGUGCCCUCCUUGGAUCUCAUCGCCAAGGAUGCGCCAACCCUCCUUGCCUGGGCCGAUGGGCUCAACAUGCUUCUUGGCAAAGACAAGGAGCCGUACUCGCAGACUGUGAAAAGGGAUUUGGACGAGCUCGCGGAUAUGGAGAUUCGACUCCAGCUCAUGGAGCUGGACGGUGUCACCUUGCCAUCCGAACCACCCCCGGUUCCGCCCCCACCACCCGACUAUGACUUUGCGACGGACUAAAAAUACAUAGUGAUUAAAAUUUUUGUAACUCAUAUGUGGCGUGUGUACAUUGCCACUCUGAAAAGUCUCUUCCAUUUGAGAAGGUACGGAAGGAUUCCUUUCAUGUUUGACAAAACCUCUGUGCUCCAAAACACUAUGUUCUCAGCCUUCCCAUAAGACACAGAGUACCCUUGUGUGGCCCUGUGAGGCAAGCGCAACGUACUUGUAUCAAUAGAGUUACAUAGGCUACUCUACUCGUACGCUUCAUAAUGUGUAUACAUGUCACAGACCAUCCAUCCAUCCAUCAGAGCAGUCGGCCCUGAAUAAAUCGGGCAGGGCAGGGCAGGACCCACUCGAGACACCCACGCGCACAAGCGGGAGAAAUGUUUAGGCCCCCAAUGCCCCCCACCACCCUAACACAUUGAUUCCGAGAGAGAAGUGCGCAUGCACGCACACAGCGAGCCACCAGACCGCCGUCAAGCGUCAACAUCGACACCCACGGCUUUUUUUGUGGUGAGUUACGUAUACAUAGUUGGUGAAGGAAUAUAGCAGAGGACGACAGACUGACGGCUGACGUCCCACCUUAGUAUGUGGACCGACUUCGUAACCCUCAUUGGAGUUAAACAUGGAGAUGAGCAGGACUGGCACAGCCACUGAUCUGAGCUACUGAGCCGCGCACGCCGCCGGCUCCCCGCCGGCGCCCUCCCGGCGCCACCCUGGCGCCCGCUGGCGCCGCGCCGCCUACCGCUACCCUGGCGGGAUCAGGGCGGGAUCUGAUCGAUGCCGACUGAGAUGCUGGCGCUGGUCACCCUCUCAAACCCUGCGUCUGGGUCAACACGUUUGUUACAGAACGCAUACGACGACUGUCGCUGCUGACAGAGCAGCGAGAUGAAGAAUAAGGGCGAGCUGAAAUCAGAGGCUCCACCAUCUGCUGCACCAUCCAGUACCACUUGCCUCAGUAUUGAACAGAUUCAACUUAUGCCACGGCUUCAAACAAAUGUGCACGUCCCUGACGUCAGGACCGGUCACUCGAGACACUCGCCCGCACCUCGCCGGCCGGUACGUACUGUACUGGCCGGCCGAGCGGCGGGCGGGCGAUAUGUUUAGGUCCCCCCCCCCCCCCCACUGAUUCACUCACUCCUGCGCCGUCACGCAGCACGCAGCACCACACACCGAGCAAAACUCGAACUCAACCAGUCCAGUCCGGGACCAGACCACCGGCGGGACGCGGCGAGCGCGAGUAGGCGAGUGCGGGCGAGCUCUGGCCAGUGAGGCGCUGAGCGCGGACGACCACCGGUGACCUUGAGGAGCAGACCGGCGGACCGGCCUCAAACUCGAGCUGCAGGCGACGCCGAGGGCGCAAUUUCGGCGACAUGGACGUGGACUGUGGGGAUUGCGGGGACUGCGCUGACUGCGGUGACUGCGACUGUGACUGUGACUGCGGUGACUGCGGUGACUGCGGUGGCUGCGGUGACUACACCUGCGCCGGAGCAACCCUCGGCUGCUGCGAUAUUUUUCUGGACUCAGACGACGACGACUGUUGCUGCUGGGGGAGCAGCAAGAAGCAGGGGCAGAAGCAGGAUCAGGAGCAGGCGCAGGAGCAGGCGCAGGAGCAGGAGCUGGAGCUGGUGCGGGGGCAGGAGCUGGCGCGGGAGCAGGGAGAAGAUGGUGGGCCAGGAGAAGGCCGUGAAGUGCGAGCAGAAGCAGGAGGACAGAGGCGCGGAGACGAUGGUGGUCUGCCAUGUUGCACUAUCCUGUAACACUUGCUUCAGUAUUGAAAUGACGACUAAUGACACCGUUUAAGAAAAAAUUGUACUUUUUGUGUACCUAUAUGUGAUUGGAAGAGCGGUACUCGCGCCGUACAACUUACAGUAUUAAGACUGCUUUCCCCCCUUUUAAUUUUUGUACUAUUUUAAUUUGUAUGGUAUUUUUAGUGCUAGCUACAAUAAAACUUGCAGUCACUGCCAAUAUGUAA